UUUGGCUCUAUUGAACAAAUUUUCUUUUUUAUUUCGUCAGAAUUUAAAAUUCUUUUUACUUUUUCAUUUUUUAAAGUUGAAUUUCUACUUGUUGGUCCAAUAUAAAAACUACAUUGAUUAGUCCACGCGGGGCAUUGGCACCUUUCUCCACAGUAUCCCGCUUUAUCUUUUCUUAUUCUUAAAUGGCCUGUACCACAAUCAAUAUUUUGCCAACAAAGUAGACCCUUUUUAUCCCGAUUUAUUACUAAUCCGUUUGAAAUGCAUUCAUGCAUUUCUACAAAUUGGAGCUGUUCAUUUUUUGCGCAUGGGUUAGCAACACUAGUGAUUCUUGUAAAAUACAAAUAUAUUAUAAAAGCAAACGCUACCCAUUUAUUUAUCACUUUAUUAAAAAAUUUUAAACGCUCUUUAUUUUUUGUUUUAUAUUUGUUAUUGAUUUUUGGUUGUUUUUUCCAAUACUGUUCAAUGCUUUCUUUAAACGGGUUAACCUUUUUUAUUUUUUCCAAUAAAUGAAGAUUUUUAAAUUCCUUUGCUUUUAUUGGGUCAUCUGGAAUCGGAUAACAAGUACAUGGAUGUGUCCGAUCUAUACAAUAACAUUCUUCAUCCUUCGAAAAUUUACAAGGGCAAAUACAAUAUAAAGUUAAAGGC